AUGCAGGAUCAACAAACAGCCAACCUCCAGCGCGCCGUUCAGACGCUUCAGCACGACCUGGCCCGGGAUGAAGCUUCUUCCCGAGAACAGUUGCAGCUGCUCACCAACGAAAUCCUUGAGGCUGACUAUGCCCGUCUUCAGCGGGUGCGCGCCGACAUGGGCCGGCUUACGAACCAGCGGAAGGCUGACAUUCGCCGUGCUUUGCAAGAUCUUCGAGACAUUGAGAAGGAGAGGGGGGUGCAGCUGCAGCGCCUGCUGCACCACCAUGUCAAGCUCAUUAGCUCGAUUGCGCAUCUCCUCCCCGCUGACAUUGAGGCAUGGGCGUUUGAGCACGCCUUGCGCAUCAACCAAGAACUCUUGAGCAAUCAACACGACCUCGCGGACCUGGAGGCUCGCUUCCUGGCCCAUGAGGUUCGACGCGAGUUUGCUCUGCAGCAUAAUUGGCAGCUCCUCGAGGCCGAUUGGCGCGCCCAGCACCAAGGUCGCAUUGCCGACCAGCUCAGCCUCGAAUGCACCAACCCAAAGCCACUCAGCGAGGGUGUCCCGGCCUGCAUCGACCGCCUCCGGCAGGAACAGACAGGCAUUUAUCACAAUCUCCUCAACGUUCUCAACAGGCUCAAUAGCCUUUCGGCUUCCGACGCCUCCCUGGCCUUGCGCGAGGCCCAGGAUGCGCUGGUCGAGUGCCACAAAACGGCCACUGACGACUUGGAACGCGUCCUCGAUCAGCUCGAUGACGAAUGCUUCGCUCGUCUUCAGGCAGCACAAACCCACAUGGUCGAGCAACACUAUGCCGUCGACAUGGAUGAAGCCGUCCAAGUUCUUGAAGGCGCUUGCAUGCCCCUCAUCCUCGAGCAGCAAGGCCGCGUUCGCGAUUGGGCGUCCGACGUGCAACAGCGCCUCAUUCGAACCCAGGGUGCCAUCACCACGCAAACACACAGCCUGCUCAAGAUUCUGGAGCGUCUCGAGGGUCUGCAGCGCCACACUGACAUUGACUUUCGGCAGGCCCAGGAGGACAUUCUCACCAACCUGCGUCAGCAAGCGGAUCAACUGGAGCAUGCCCGCGGCCCGCUUGAAGACACUCUGAACGACCACAUUGACCUUGUUCGUCAGGCGGGAUCCAACGAAGAACUUUUGCGUGCCCACUCCACCGUCACGAUUCUGCUCGAUAAGAUUGAAACUCUCAUUAUGGAUGCGGGCGUCAAGUCAGCCAAGACGCCCGCUCAAAUCGAGCUGCCGGUCAAACAAAUUCUGCAAGCGUAUCGAAACGAGGUGACCGCCACCCUCAAGCUCAGCCCGCUCCCACCUGGUGUACCACCCGCUGCCUUUAGCAAUGCCGUGGUCAUCGACGUGGGGGAUGAACGCUUUGAGCUCCUGUCCCGCCGCUGGGACAUUGCCGCUGAUCUGCGCAAGGAGGUAGACGCCAUCCCGGAUGCCCAGGGUCCCAGUGCCCGUCCUGUGGAGGUCACUCCCUUUUGGAUCAACCUCAACGCCAGCGUGGAUGGUGUUUGCCACCAGCUUCUACUCCCCGAAGAUGCAAUUGAAGAGAUUUGGCGCCAAGUUUGUCAAAUGUGGGUGGAGCGAGUUCAGGAUCGUUUCAAGUCCAUCAAUCAUCGCACCGAGCAGUACAUCUCGGAAAAGACUCGUGAGCUGGAGAUUGAAAACAAGAUGCACGUUGCCGUCCACGCUGCACGCCGUGAGCGAAUCGCUCAAGACGUGCGUAAUCUGCGCUCCGCCGAGCUGACGCUGCAUCAGCAGCACGUUGUGGCGCAUACGCAGAAUCUUGAGAGCGACUUGGACAAGGAGCGCGACCGAUUUUUGCAACAGCAGGCUGACUUAUCAGAUCAAGCUGAGCAAUUUGUGGCAUACACUCGCGCUGCUAUCGAUAAUCUGGCUCAACAGGGCAGCACGGGCCGUUUAGUUCUGCUUCACGGGGAUACGCGCCAAGCGCACGAGGACUACGUGCGCUCCGUGCGCACGGCGCUCAUCACUUAUCGCAAGUCUAUUGAUGAUCGCGUGCGCUUGUUUCGGGAGCGCAAUGCACACUUUCGAGCCUCCUUCCGCACUUUUACGGAGAAGGGUAAUUUCAGCGCCGCCGAAAUUAGCCAAUACAAGCUGGUCAUUGACCAGCUCUUCUCGAAGAUUGACGCACUAGAGGGAGUUGUUUUGGAGGAUUUAGAUGUCCUGGAGGGGCGCUACCUCGAGGCAGCUCAAGUUGCCAUUGAUGAGUUUUACUCCCUGUACAACGUGCACUCGCGCGAUGUCAAGCUCUUGGAUGAUACCAAGCGUAUCAUGAAUUCGUACAAGGUACGCGUGCAAUCGGAGAUCAACCACAGCAACGCACGACACCAAAAGCUGCUGGAGGAGGCGGAGGCGCUGCGCGAGCUCAGCCUGGAAGAUCCGCCUUCUGCUCGACUGUUGUUUGAGAAGACUCGAAUUGUUUCGUCACUCAUUCUGGAGCGUUCCAAGUAUCUCGACUGCAUUUUGCCGGGCGCUCCUCAUACCUCGAUCGGAGACCAUCGACCAUCGACGGCAACGAAGAAUACAGCCGGGCAAAAUUCUGGUCGAGUUUCUACAGGCCGUCACUCGGCUAUGCCCCCUCGAAGCUCGUCACGCAGCGCUGCCAAAGCGGGCAAACUGCCUCCUCGCGGCCCUCUCAACAACACGCUGCCGGUUGCCCUGCGUGGCAUGCGUCUCAUGGUCGAGGAAUGGCCGUCCUACCCAACGGGCACUUUUCUGUUCCACAUUACGCAACUUCGUACCGCCUGUCGCGAGGAUGUCUUGCAGGCAGCCACGCCCUACUAUGAGCGCGGCCAUGCCAAGCACACACUGCGACCAAACCAAAUCAAGGAAACCAUUCAAUCUUUUAUGGAUAAUAUUCAAAUGGACUUGAACAUGGUCAACAAGCGAGCAGCCGAGUUCCGCAUUGCCUCGGCGCAGGAGCUCAUCAAUGCCGUUGAGUCUGCCACUGCCGUCAUGUCGAGCGGUGCAGCAGCAAUCUUCGAAGGCAUCACCGUGGCGAAUUUGGACAACCAUCGCCGCUUGCUGCAAAACACAACAGCUGAACUCGAGCAAACGCUCGCCGAUCUUAGCCAGCGUUAUCAGCAAGUGGUGGUGCUGCUCAAGCCUGCGCUGAGCCACCCCAACCGUCGUGCCGAGCUGGAGCAGCUCAUUGCCGAGGAGAACGAUAUCAUUGAGCGCUGGACUGCCUUGAGUGCGAGCUUCCGGCAAGCCCUGACCGAGCAAGUGGACACAAGUGGGGCGGCGUACGUCCAUGAAAUGAACAGCAUGGUCAGCGGCAUGGUUGAGGUCUUGGAGUUGGCCUUGAUCCGGGAAGAGCUUUAUGUGCCUGGCAUGCCCCCUGAUUCAACCACUCCGCCACAGCUGGACGAGAGUCAGCGAGCGAUGGCUCGUGACAAGGGUCGCUUUCCACUCUUGGUGCUGGGCAUGGUUGUGCCAAGAUCUGGGCGCCGUGCUGCUUCGGGUCAUGGUGUCGGCAUGUUGAUCACCUGGCUUCACAAAAAGGCCAUGGCAGCUCGCAACGACAACACGGAAAAGGCAAAGCAAUACUUUCAGCAUGUCCUGGCGGCCCGUGAUGAGCGGGUUAAGCAGCUAGAGCAGACCAAGGACGAGCAGCAUGCAACCUUUGCCAAGCUACUCGAUGCUGUGCAGCAGCUAUAGCCACUUGGUAAAGCCCGUUUUGCGCCAAGUUUGAAAAGCAGUAUCCUCUAAAGGCCAGGCCUUGAGCUGGAAUCUGUCGCCUUGGCAUUGAGUUUAGGAAGCAAAUCAAAGUCUAAGAAAUUGCC